UCAGAGCGAAGCAAACGCAGUCUUCACAGGCUUCCACUUGGGAUGAGCAAACAGCGAACUACAAAGCAAACGUCAGAGCCCGAAUGAGAGCGGGGGAUAACUGAUUGCUGACCUUUCCGAGCUGCCUGCGAGAGUCGGGGGGAUUGCAACUUCACACAUUUGGCUUGAACAUUGCUGAAUGUGCUGGCUGAAGCCACCUGUUCCAUCACAACUUCGGGCUCCACAUCAAGAAGUAGCAGCAAUGAAUUCGACCUUAGUGAACCAGACUGAGAGGGCGAUGUACUUUAACCGUACCGAUUCUUUGAACUCGAUGAUCAGUUGCUGUAACGAUAACUACUCCUCGGUCGUGACAGACGAAGGUUUCGUGCUGACGGCUCCAGACGAGAGAAACCUUUACAUCAUGAGAGUGGUCCAGAUCGCUGUGAUGUGUGUCUUAUCUCUCACUGUCGUCUUUGGGAUAUUUUUCCUCGGCUGCAAUUUGCUUAUCAAAUCAGAAGGGAUGGUGAACUUUUUAGUGAAGGACAGGAGACCUUCCAAGGAGGUGGAAGCGGUUAUUGUUGGUCCCUAUUAGCAGCCAGCACCAAAAGUCAUGGCAACGUUUCGGAUUGCUGACAACGGCUUUGCCAUUAACUCCACUAGACAUAUCCUGCACCAAUCCCAGAGAAAUGGAGGGACCUUUGUGCAAAUCAGUAUUUUAGGCAUGGAAUGAGGAAACCGAGGUGUUGGAAUUGUUUCUUAUCUGGUGUCUGCUUAGCACAGGACUUUGAAACGUGGCGGCGAAUUGUUGAAUCUUUUGGUGGUGAUGACUUGACUAACCCUGUCUGAAGCGAUUUGCCAAUUCCUUUCCGUGGCCAAAACAGAUUAUUUAAAAAAAUGUACAGGAACCAUUGCACAAGUCAAACAAGAGCCGAUCAAAACUUGCGACAUGGAACGACUUACCCGACUGUUCAGUUGUAAAUAUAUCUGUUGUUUAUUGCUCCCUUUGAUUUUUUUUCUAAAAUA